AUGAGAAGUGUGUUUUAUAUAAUAGUAAAAAAUUUUAAAAUAUUUACUAUUAUUCUUUUAUUUUUUCUUAAUAAUGUUUUGUUGGGAAAUAAUAUUAUAGAUAGUUUAGAAAAUAAUUAUGAAAAAUUUAAAAGAUCAAUAAAUAUGUCUUCAAAAUUUGUUGAAUUAGAUGAAAUAUCUAGUAGAAAAAAAAGGUAUUUUAGUGCAAAUAGACAAAAUAAAUGGAAAUUUCCAAUACCUUAUAUAGUUGAUAAAACUCUUGAUUUUUUCUAUAUACAAACCGCUUUGUCUUUCAUAACAAUGGAAACGUGUAUAACUUUUACAGCACGUGAAUUAGAAAUAAAACGAAGACCAGGAAUUAUUUUUGUUUCAGGUCAUUCUUAUAAAAAUUUUAUAGAAAAAAAAAAUGAUAAGAAAUCUCAAAUUAUAAAAGUUUCUUUAGAUAAAUAUGAUAUUGGAAAUUUACAACGUAAAAUAUUAUAUACUUUAGGAUUAGAAUUUGAACAUUGUCAUCCUGACAGAGAUCAUUAUUUAAAAAUUGUUUAUCAAAAUAUUAUUACUUGGAAAACAAAUUUAUUUAAUAUAAUACCAGAAAUUAAGAAUAAUGCAUAUAAAGUACCAUAUGAUUAUGGAUCAAUCAUGCAUGUAGGUAAAUUUUUUUCCUCCGCCAACAAUUUAGAAACAAUUGUACCAAAAAAAAUUCCUUAUUCAAAUACAUUAGGUCAAAAUGAAGAUUUAUCUUAUCUAGAUUUAAAAAAAUUAAAUUUAUAUUAUUGUUCAAAGAUUUGUAAAAAAAAAUUUCCAUGUUUUAAUGGUGGUUAUCAAAAUCCUAAAAAAUGUAAUACUUGUAUUUGUGUACGUGGUUUCUUUGGAAGGCAUUGUGAAUAUAUACCACAAAUAGAUAGAGUAUGUGGUAAAGUAAAGUUCUAUGCUUCAAAUAUACCAAACAAAAUAAAAUCAAAUGGUAUUAAAAAUUGUUUUUACCAUAUACUAAGUAAAAUAGGAAAAAAAAUUCAGAUAACAAUUGAAUUAGUUUCGAUACCAUCAUUUACCAAUGAAUUUUGUAGAGCACAAAAUAGUUUAGAAAUUAAAUAUUUAUUUGAUAAAACUACAACUGGUGCUCGUUUUUGUGGUUAUGUUAAAUCAUUAACUUUCAUAUCAAAAAGUGAUUAUGUUAUCGUGUAUUAUAAAAGUAAAAGUAGGGAAAGUUUAUUUAGAUUAAGUUAUCAAGAAAUAUAA